GCAGGACCCAUUUCCGGAGUGUUGCUCGGUCCUGGAAGGAUUUGCUGAAUCUCAAGCCGAGGGGCGGCGGCGUGUCUUCUAGUUUCUCGGUCGUUUAUAAUUGAAAUAAACCCCGUUUGUUCGUCCAACAGAAUAAUCAAGCAACAAACAAGCCAGCCCUUUCAGGGAGAACCCAGUUACAGGAGAUUUGGGGUCUAAUUCUCACCCCACGGUGGUUUAUCUCACUUGGAUGGGAUAAUAAUCGGAUUUGUUUUACGGUUUAGACCGCUGCCGGUUGUAAAACAAGGCAGUGCAAUUGUCUCGUUGUUUUUUUUUUGACUGCGUUGUUAAUUGCGUUAUCUACGGUUUGCAGUGCUGACGCGAUUCACAUCGUAGAUUGACUAGACAGCAAUCGACCAUCUUUUUCCAUUGUAAAUUGGUUUCUGGUGACAGAUAGGGAAUUAAACGAGUUUCCCUCAAGCAUUCCAAUAAUAAUAAUAAUAAUAAGAUCAUCCGAAAAUGACGCUGUUCCAUUUUGGAAACUGUCUGGCGUUAGCAUACUUCCCUUACUUCAUCGCGUACAAGUGCAGCGGGCUAUCGGAGUACAAUGCAUUCUGGAGGUGUGUUCAAGCAGGUGCUGCUUACCUUUUCGUUCAGCUCUGCAAGAUGCUGUUCCUGGCCACCUUUUUUCCGACGUGGGAGGGAGGCGCUGGGGUUUAUGAUUUUGUUGGCGAGUUCAUGAAGGCCACAGUGGACCUGGCUGAUCUGCUGGGGCUGCACCUGGUCAUGUCCUGGAACGCUGGCAAGGGCGAGUAUAAGAUCAUGGUGGCAGCGAUGGGCUGGUCGACCGCGGAGCUCGUCAUGUCCAGGUGCAUUCCUCUGUGGGUCGGAGCUCGUGGGAUCGAGUUCGACUGGAGAUACAUUCAGAUGAGCUUCGACUCCAACAUCAGUCUGGUUCACUAUGUUGCCAUGGCCUCUGUGGUGUGGAUGUUCACGCGCUAUGACCUGCCCAAGAGUUUCCGGUUGCCUGUAACUGCACUGCUGGGGCUCUGUGUGUACAAGGCUUUCCUCAUGGAGCUCUUUGUUCACAUGUUUCUGCUGGGCAGCUGGACGGCUCUGCUUGUGAAAGGAGUGCUGACCGGAGCCAUCUCUAUGUGCUCCCUCUUCCUGUUCGUCACCCUGGUGCAUAGCAACUGAGACCCCCUUCCUGGGCUUACAGGGCUUACUCAUCGUUACAGGAGAGCCGUUGAAGGCUCGACACUCGCUUCUGUUUAUAAUAAUAUGGGUUUUUUUUUUUUUUUUUUUUUAA